AUGGCCCUCGACACCCAUCGUGGCACUGUGACCAGAGGCCAGAGUGGGUGCCACCCAGCCUCCGCCCAGCCUCCACCCAACUUCCACCUACUUACUGCUGUGUGGUGGCCCACGCCCGCAGGUGGCCCACUCCGCAGGAGACCUACGCCCGCAGGUGGCUCACGCCCGCAGGUGGCUCACGCCCGCAGGUGGCCCACGCCCGCAGGUGACCCACGCCCGCAGGUGGCCCACUCCGCAGGAGACCCACGCCCGCAGGUGGCUCACGCCCGCAGGUGGCUCACGCCCGCAGGUGGCUCACGCCCGCAGGUGGCCCACGCCCGCAGGUGGCCCACCCCCGCAGGUGGCCCACUCCGCAGGAGACCCACGCCCGCAGGGGGCUCACGCCCACAGGUGGCUCACGCCCGCAGGUGGCACACUCCGCAGGAAACCCACGCCCGCAGGUGGCCCACGCCCGCAGGUGGCCCACGCCCGCAGGUGGCUCACGCCCGCAGGUGGCACACUCCGCAGGAGACCCACGCCCGCAGGUGGCUCACGCCCGCAGGUGGCUCACGCCCGCAGGUGGCCCACGCCCGCAGGUGGCCCUCUCCGAAGGAGACCCACGCCCGCAGGUGGCACACUCCACAGAGACCCACGCCCGCAGGUGGCUCACGCCCGCAGGUGGCUCACGCCCGCAGGUGGCCCACGCCCGCAGGUGGCCCUCUCCGAAGGAGACCCACGCCCGCAGGUGGCACACUCCGCAGGAGACCCACGCCCGCAGGUGGCUCACGCCCGCAGGUGGCACACUCCGCAGGAGACCCACGCCCGCAGGUGGCCCACGCCCGCAGGUGGCCCACGCCCGCAGGUGGCCCACGCCGCAGGAGACCCACGCCCGCGGGUGGCUCACGCCCGCAGGUGGCUCACUCCACAGGAGACCCACGCCCGCAGGUGGCUCACGCCCGCAGGCGGCCCACGCCCGCAGGAGACCCACGCCCGCAGGUGGCUCACGCCCGCAGGUGGCCCACGCCCGCAGGUGGCCCACGCCCGCAGGUGGCCCUCUCCGAAGGAGACCCACGCCCGCAGGUGGCUCACGCCCACAGGUGGCUCACGCCCGCAGGAGACCCACGCCCGCAGGAGACCCACGCCCGCAGGUGGCUCACUCCACAGGAGACCACGCCCGCAGGUGGCUCACGCCCGCAGGUGGCCCACGCCCGCAGGUGGCCCACGCCCGCAGGUGGCCCUCUCCGAAGGAGACCCACGCCCGCAGGUGGCUCACGCCCGCAGGUGGCUCACGCCCGCAGGUGGCUCACGCCCGAAGGUGGCUCACGCCCGCAGGUGACCCACGCCCGCAGGUGGCUCACGCCCGCAGGUGGCUCACUCCGCAGGUGGCCCACGCCCUCAGGUGGCUCACUCCGCAGGUGGCUCACUCCGCAGGUGGCUCACGCCCGCAGGUGGCUCACGCCCGCAGGUGGCCCACGCCCGCAGGUGGCCCACGCCCGCAGGAAGCCCUCUCCGAAGGAGACCCACGCCCGCAGGUGGCACACUCCGCAGGAGACCCACGCCCGCAGGUGGCUCACGCCCGCAGGAGACCCACGCCCGCAGGUGGCUCACGCCCGCAGGAGACCCACGCCCGCAGGAGACCCACGCCCGCAGGAGACCCACGCCCGCAG